AUGCAACAAAAUUGGAGUCGCGGGAAACACGUCCCCCGCACGUGUUUUUUUUCUUCCGCUUUUCCUUCAGCAGCUCAUUCUCCCUUGUUUACAUCCUCUGUUUCCACAACUCUCUACUAUGUCAUGGCUUCUCUAUUUAGCAAACGUCUGACCUGCUUUUAUUGUGGGCAGCGGUCUACUCGUGUUAAUCGUCCUGCACACGGACCUGUUCGCAAUUUCCGCUGCGAGCACUGUGAGGCUGACAACUUCUUUGAUGAGGUUAGUGAUAUCUGUUUGCCCUCCAUCGCUUUCAUACAUCUAACUCUGUUUUCACAGAAAGGCGAGAUUACCGAUCCGCCAGCUGUGGUCACAAACGCCGAAGCUCCUUCCCCCGGCGCAUCAAGUCCAUCCGAACCAGCCUAUUCAAACGAACCCCCAUUAUUCUGUGCCAAGUGUACUCGCAAUCAGCAUCUCCUUACGAGCUCCCUAGCCUCAUACUUUCCCCCCUCCGAUGAUCCAACAAACAGCGAGUAUGAACGUGGGUAUGAGCAGUUCCGCCGAGGCCUCGAGGACAGUUAUCCCCAGGUCUGUGAAACCUGUGAGCCGCUUGUGAAAGAUCGUAUCCGCAAAGCCGGCUACGAAGCGAAAUCGGAUCAUCUACGGCGCAUGAUGGAUCAAAGUAGGGCGAAUCGGGAAUCGCGACAGGCUAGAAACCGAAGCUGGAGGAGCUUGCUGCUAUUCUUUGGUUCAUGCGCAUACUGGUCGAGCGUUGGCGGUCAGCUUGCGUGGGAUUUAGUUGCUGCAGCUACUGCACCCCAAUCGGCACAGGGCGUGGGGGAGGAUUCGCCCAUCACCAUGUUAUCUUGUGUUGCUCAAUCUCUCCAGUUGCGGCGCAUUCCUAGUGAUUGCUCCCCAGACCUGGCACCCACUGCGGGAUUAGCGUUGAUUUCAGGUGCGCUUUCUCUUUGGUGGAACCCAAAGCUGCGUUUCAAGAUCGACGGAAUGCCUGGCCAAUUCGAGGGUCUUGGGGAAUAUUACCAAGCCCAGCUUAUCCUCAUGGUGGUGCGGUGCGUAUUCUGGGCCGUGCUCAAGGAUCCGUCAGCCAGCGGAUUGGACCCUAAAUUGCCUCACGCUUUGCAUGCGGCUAUGGUCCCAGUUACGCUUUUGUCCGUUUUCGUCUCCAGACGUCUUGUCAAAUACACCAGUCGUCCACUUGUCAAUUGGUCAGAUAGUAGCUGGGAAACUCGCCUCGAGACUGCGAAAGCGUCCUCUCCGGUGCAGGGCGAGUCGUCGGCGUUGACCGGAGUGUCCAGCUCGGGUCGCACACCCAAGGCCAAAGAGAAUACAUUCCAGCCUCGUUUUCCGAUAGACAAACUGGCUCAAGGCCGACAGCCUGUUGAACAUCCGCUCCCAGCAACACCCACCCAGGAAGAUACCGACACCAUGGACUGGUCUCCGUCUGUGACCCACAACCUUCGGCCCACCAUAACACAGCGAAGUCAGCCUUCUGUGCUUAGUGGUCCCCAUCCAUUUCAGGGCCAGGUGCCAGCAGCCCCCACACCUCCUGCAUGGAAACUUCGCUCUAAGACCUCGACAAAACCCAUCGAACAAGUGAUUCAACCAAACCCGUUCCACCGCAGUCCUGCACAGCAAGCAGGCCAGUGGCAACAACGGCCCUCCGAGGCUGAUCCAGUGUUCAAGCCGCCUAAAUUCUUCGCUCCCAGUGAUCGGGACACGUCCACCGGAUUGGAAACCUUGUUUGAUCGCGCGUUCAAUUUCCAGCCCGAAGGUGCCCCAGGGUCCAGCUGGGAUCAGACCAAAUAUAAUGAAGGCUCUCCGCGUCUGUUUGAGACGAAUAGUGACUACUUCUUCGCAAUUGCCCGACUUUUACUGCUAGCCGCUUUCAUCGGUGCAUGGACACUCUCUCAAAAUCACGAAGUGUUGCUACCAGGAAACUAUGUGGAGAUUGCUGCCCUGGGUGUUGCAAGCUUGGUUGCUGGAUUCGCGUUGAUCAGUAUGGUGAAAAGGCCCCUUUCACAAUGGAAUGGCAUGGAGAUCCUGAUCUCAAUCACGGAGCUUGCCGCGGCUGUUCAUAUGGGGGCACAUUUGCCAACGGCUUCAGCGAACCGGGAAUACUUUGAUCGCUACGGCAAAAUACUUUUAUUCUUCAUGCUCUUCCAAGAAGCUAUGAAGGUGCACUCUUUUUGCGUUUCCUCGGGUACAAAAGCAGAGCAGAAACCACCAGGGUCUGCAUCACCACCCACGCAACCACAGUCGCCAGUGAGCCAGGCAGGUGCUCUCGACUGGCCCGCUGAUAGACCUUCGGACACCGCAAUGUCCACUUCUCUGCCUCAGAUUAGCAGUCCACCUGUGCACCACUCAUUCGAGUCACAGUCACCACCUCUUGCGCUUUCAUUUGGAGACACCGAGGCAGCCUCCAGUUUCUCGUCAGCCUUGCCUUCCGUGCCCCAGUACAGGAUUGCACCGUCUCACACAGUCUCUUCGUUCCCGGCUGCCAACCAGAACGCUUUCCAGCAGAACAAGAACCCGCACAGUUUCACCAUGGAAUCUCUGAGGCAAAUUGACCCUGCGUCGGAUUAUGAGCCAGAAUCCGACACCGAGACUGUCGCUACUUCAACGACUACUGCUACCAACUUUACCAACCGCAACAUUCGGUAUGGGAAUAACUUCGGCUUGGGGUCCACCCCCUACUCGCCCCGGCGUACUGGCCUUGGUUCAGGCAUGGGUGGUCUGAGCCUGGAUGAUGAUUCAACCCCUCGCCGCAUCACUCGCAGCCAGACUCAGCAUGGACUUCUCGGUCGACGUCCUGCAAAUUAUGUUCGUUAG